CGGCCGGAUGGCUUCACUCGUCUCCGUAUUUUAUAUAGAGCUCAGUGUACAAUGUAGUAGCGUCCGCUCCGGAAGGCGUGCGCGGUUGUAGUGAGGUUUUUCAUUUUUAAGUCAAAAAUAGAUAGUUUGGAAAUUUGAACGAAUGAUUUGAAUAAGGGUUUGAUAAAUUUGCACGAAAAUGAACGAAGACUCGCCGCUCUCGGGAGUGAAUGUAGUGCUUGUUAUGGCCUACGGGAGUCUGGUGUUUGUGUUGUUGUUUAUUUUUGUGAAGAGGCAGAUUAUGCGCUUUGCUAUGAAGUCCCGCAGAGGACCGCACGCCCCGGUGGGACACAACGCCCCAAAGGACCUCAAAGAAGAGAUUGAAUCUCGGCUGUCUAAAGUGAAUAAUAUCCGCUAUGAGCCGCGGCUCCUGUCACAGGACGACGACAGGCUGAAGCAUCGCGGGCAAAAUGGCUGUUAUAACUACCUAUACAGAAUGCAAGCUCUGGAUGCCAUUAGAGAUGCCGGCAUUGUUUCUCCUGAUCUGGCCCGCAGCCCCAGCGCUCUGACUGGCCCCUGCUACAGGAAAUGGCUCCUGGACCUGCGCAAUUCUCACUCACUGAUCAAAACCAGUCACAGCAGCCUCAUAGACCGCCUGCUGGAGGGCUACAGCAACGCUCGUCAUGGCACUGCGGUGUUCGGCGAAGCUGAAUUCCUCAAAUACAAAGAAGACUUGGCCGAGCUGGCUGCCAUUGUAAAGGUGCACUCCAGCUCCAACAGUCUGAACCAGCAGCACCAGUCAGCAGCUAAAGACCUGACGAGCUCACCUGGCCCGUCCUCAGCCUCGACCAUCCAGGUGACGUACCUGCCCUCUUCAGGCCAGCGCAGCAAGAGACCCAAACACUUCCUAGAGCUCAAGAACUUCAAGGACAACUAUAAUACACUAGAGAGCACAUUAUAGGAGCCUGUGCUACUCCGGUCAUACACGCGGUAGGCCUGAUAUUGACGACGGACUGGCCUUGGUGUAGUGGACAGGACUCAGCUGACCUUGUACUGCAGUGCGGAGUGGAGGAUGAGUAUUAAAGACUGAAUCUGGGGUGUUUCAGCCUUAAUGGCACAGAGGACGAGCCAAAGGGAAACUGGUCUGUGCGUUUGCGCAAGAGCGACAAGCCGAAAGCCAGUCUUUGGGGGAGACGGUUUAAAAGCUAGUCAGAGUGUUAAGGUACAAGUGGAUUAAUUGAUUAAAAUGCUGUCAGUGUUAUGUACUGAGGAAAAGUCACUGCCACUGUUCUUCAGCAUUCCUUCGUUCAGAGCUGCCUGUAUGAAUUACGAAAAGAGAUUAGAAAACCUGAACAAACGUUACUGUGACAUACUGUAUAGCACUCGGGAGCUUUCAGAGACGUGCAGUAGGAUUAAAAAGAGCCAAAUAGUCAUUUUGAUGCUUACGUAAUUCGUUCACACUGUCAGUGCAUUACUGUAGCAUCUGGUAAUAAAUUAGAAUCAUGUUAGAAAGAAAAACCUCAAAGAUGGGGCAAAUGCUUGUACCGUAUAUAUGUGAAGUCCUUGAAGUGCACUUUAUUUGCUCUGUGUGUGUGUACAGGAGGAACGGGAGAAUUUUAGUGAUGGAUUCGGGACUAGAGCUGCUAUGCAUUUAGUGUCUGUGCAUACGUGACUUAAAUCAUGAAUCAAGUCAAUCAGAACAAAACCUUGUGUAUCUUUUGUACAUCACUGCUUAAAGCAAUGUGUGGUGUUUUUUUUGUGUGUUUUUUUUUUUUGACAAAAAUAUACACAGUGUUUGUUUUUCCCCAAAUGUAGUCAGUGUUGGGUAUUCCAGUUUCACUCCUUUAGUUUUGUGCUAGAGCUGUGAAACUAACGAGAAGUUUGUUCAAUGUUCACACACUCAUCAAGCAAUGAAAAUGAUAGAUUAAAGCAAGAAGCACUUUCUGUCUCCA